AUGGCCGCUGCUCGCCUCGCACGGGGGUCGGAGUUCUGGCUUUGGGGGCCGCUGCUGUGGCUGCUGUGGCUGCUGCUGCUGCCGGGGGGCCCGGGCCGGGGGAUGGCCUUGAGCGGGAACGCGACCGGGCCCGGGCCUCGGGGCGCGGGCGGGGGCGCCCGGAGGAGCGCGGCGGGGACGGGGGCUCCGCCGCCGCUGAGCCACUGCGGCCGGGCCGCCCCCUGCGAGCCGCUGCGCUACAACGUGUGCCUGGGCUCGGCGCUGCCCUACGCCGCCACCUCCACGCUGCUGGCCGGCGACUCGGAGUCCCAGGAGGAGGCGCACGGCAAGCUCGUGCUGUGGUCCGGCCUCCGGAACGCCCCCCGCUGCUGGGCAGUGAUCCAGCCCCUGCUGUGUGCCGUGUACAUGCCCAAGUGUGAGAACGACCGGGUGGAGCUGCCCAGCCGCACCCUCUGCCAGGCCACGCGAGGCCCCUGUGCCAUCGUGGAGAGAGAGCGAGGCUGGCCCGACUUCCUGCGCUGUACCCCCGACCACUUCCCCGAGGGCUGCCCGAACGAGGUGCAGAACAUCAAGUUCAACAGCUCGGGCCAGUGUGAGGCUCCCUUGGUUCGGACCGACAACCCCAAGAGCUGGUACGAGGACGUGGAGGGCUGCGGGAUCCAGUGCCAGAACCCGCUCUUCACGGAGGCGGAGCACCAGGACAUGCACAGCUACAUCGCCGCCUUCGGCGCCGUCACGGGCCUCUGCACCUUCUUCACCCUGGCCACGUUCGUGGCUGACUGGCGGAAUUCGAAUCGCUACCCUGCAGUCAUUCUCUUCUACGUGAAUGCGUGUUUCUUUGUGGGCAGCAUCGGCUGGCUGGCCCAGUUCAUGGACGGUGCCCGCCGGGAGAUUGUCUGCCGGGCAGAUGGCACCAUGAGGCUCGGGGAGCCCACCUCCAACGAGACCCUGUCCUGCGUCAUCAUCUUUGUCAUCGUGUACUACGCCCUGAUGGCUGGCGUCGUCUGGUUUGUGGUCCUUACCUAUGCCUGGCACACCUCCUUCAAAGCCCUGGGCACCACCUACCAGCCUCUCUCUGGCAAGACCUCCUACUUCCACCUGAUCACAUGGUCACUCCCUUUUGUCCUCACGGUGGCUAUCCUCGCUGUGGCCCAGGUGGAUGGGGACUCCGUGAGCGGCAUCUGUUUCGUGGGCUACAAGAACUAUCGAUACCGCGCUGGCUUCGUGCUGGCCCCCAUUGGCCUGGUGCUCAUCGUGGGAGGUUACUUCCUCAUCCGUGGAGUUAUGACUCUGUUCUCCAUCAAGAGCAACCACCCUGGGCUACUGAGCGAGAAGGCUGCCAGCAAGAUCAACGAGACCAUGCUGCGCCUAGGCAUUUUUGGCUUCCUGGCCUUUGGCUUUGUGCUCAUCACCUUCAGUUGCCACUUCUACGAUUUCUUCAACCAGGCGGAGUGGGAGCGCAGCUUCCGGGACUACGUGCUGUGCCAGGCCAAUGUCACCAUCGGGCUGCCCACCAAGAAGCCCAUCCCUGACUGUGAGAUCAAGAAUCGCCCCAGCCUCUUGGUGGAGAAAAUCAACCUGUUUGCCAUGUUCGGAACCGGCAUUGCCAUGAGCACGUGGGUCUGGACCAAGGCCACGCUGCUCAUCUGGAGACGCACCUGGUGCAGGUUGACGGGACAGAGUGACGAUGAGCCCAAACGCAUCAAGAAGAGCAAGAUGAUCGCCAAGGCCUUCUCCAAGCGGCGCGAGCUGCUGCAGAACCCCGGCCAGGAGCUCUCCUUCAGCAUGCACACCGUCUCCCACGAUGGGCCUGUGGCAGGCUUGGCCUUUGACCUCAACGAGCCCUCCGCCGAUGUGUCCUCUGCCUGGGCCCAGCAUGUCACCAAGAUGGUGGCUCGGAGAGGAGCCAUACUGCCCCAGGACGUGUCUGUCACCCCUGUGGCCACUCCAGUGCCCCCAGAGGAAAAAGCCAAUCUGUGGCUGGUGGAGGCAGAAAUCUCCCCAGAGCUGGAGAAGCGCCUGGGCCGGAAGAAGAAGCGGAGGAAGAGGAAGAAGGAGGUGUGUCCGCUGGUGCCACCCUCUGAGCCUCACCACCCCACCCCUGCGCCCGCCUCCAGCUCCGUUCCUCGCCUGCCCCAGCUGCCCCGGCAGAAGUGCCUGGUGGCCGCAGGCGCCUGGGGAGCUGGAGAAUCCUGCCGGCAGAGAGCCUGGACCCUGGUCUCCAACCCCUUCUGCCCAGAGCCCGGUCCUCUGCAGGACCCGUUUCUGCCCGGCCCCUCGGCCCCCACGGCCUGGGCGCAGGGCCGCCGGCAGGGACUAGGGCCCAUCCACUCCCGUACCAACCUGAUGGAGGCCGAGCUCAUGGAUGCAGACUCAGACUUCUGA